AUGGGGUACAUCACGUGUGCGGAGUAUACGCAGUUCUACGGGGGCAAGAAAGCAGACCUUCCAAGAACUAAUUUUAGACGUUUGUCAUUUGAUCACUGCAGUUUGUCUCUGCAGCCAUUUGAGUACCCAGUUUGCACACCAGAUGGGACAGUCUUUGAUAUACUGAGCAUUGUUCCUUGGAUAAAGAAAUACGGAACAAAUCCAAUCACAGGAGAGAAACUAGAUGCCAAAUCACUUAUAAAGCUGAAUUUUGCUAAGAACAGUGAAGGUAAAUACCACUGUCCAGUGCUGUUUACUGUAUUCACCAAUAACUCCCAUAUUGUGGCCAUCAAGACAACUGGAAAUGUGUUUGCCUAUGAGGCAGUCGAGCAGCUGAACAUAAAACCAAAGAGCUACAAGGAUCUUUUGACAGAUGAGCCCUUCACUCGGCAAGACAUUGUGACACUGCAGGAUCCAACAAACCUGGAUAAGUUCAAUGUCUCAAACUUCUUUCAUGUUAAGAACAACAUAAAAGUAAUUGAUCCAGAUGAAGAAAAAGCAAAAUUAGAUCCAUCUUACUACUUGAAAAAUACAAAUACAGAGACACGAGAGACUUUACUGGAGCUUUAUAAGGAAUUCAAAGGUGAUGAUAUUCUAGCAGCUACUAUGAAGGCUCCUGAAAAGAAGAAAGUGGAUAAGCUGAAUGCAGCUCACUAUUCCACUGGAGCAGUAAGUGCUUCCUUUACCUCCACUGCAAUGGUGCCUGAAACCGUCCACGAAGCAGCUGCAAUUGAGGAAGAUGUUGUGAGAUACAAAUACGUGAAGAAGAAGGGCUACGUGCGACUUCACACUAAUAAAGGAGACCUAAACUUGGAGCUGCACUGUGAUAUGACACCCCGAACAUGUGAAAACUUUAUAAAAUUGUGCAAGAAGAACUAUUAUGAUGGAACAAUUUUUCACAGAUCAAUCCGUAAUUUUGUGAUCCAAGGAGGUGAUCCUACUGGAACAGGAACAGGAGGAGAGUCUUACUGGGGAAAACCUUUCAAGGAUGAAUUUAAGCCAAAUUUGUCCCACACAGGACGUGGUGUUCUUAGUAUGGCCAAUUCUGGACCCAACACAAACAAAUCACAAUUCUUCAUCACAUUCCGCUCCUGUGCGUAUCUGGACAAGAAGCACACAGUUUUUGGAAGGGUGGUUGGUGGCUUUGAGACUCUGACUGCUAUGGAGAAUGUGGAAAGUGACCCAAAAACAGACCGUCCCAAGGAGGAAAUACGAAUUCAGACAACAACCGUUUUUGUUGAUCCAUAUGAAGAGGCAGAUGCCCAGGUUGCUGCAGAAAGAGAGAAGGCCCAGCUAGAAGAAGAUGCAGCCAAAACAAAAGCUGAGGUGGCCCCACCAAAGAAAGAGGUCCAGGCUCCUAAAACUUACCGGCAGGGGAUUGGAAAAUAUAUUAACAUGGCUGCAGCGAAGCGCAGCGUGGAAGAUGAUGGGCCGUCAACCAGCACAGCUGCAAAGAAAGAGAAAAAGAGCACAGGCUUCGGGGACUUCAGCUCCUGGUAGCAGCACUGGGAGCCUAGCACUGGAGCAGCACAGCAAAAAAGAAACACAAGGCAGCCUCCCACGUGUCCUCCAAGAGCCCAAAGGCAGCCUGUCCUGGGGAGGGAAGGCACCAGCCUGCCCUUCCACUGGGGAAGAAGACUGCUGCUUUGUUACGGCUGGUUAAUGUGGCUUUGUUUUCUAGAGAGCUGCAUUCCCCCCACUGCGUCUUCCUCGAAGGCCUUUUUGUUGUUGUUUUGCUAAGUGGGGAGCAGGCAGCCCAGCUCCGCGGGGGAUUAGCUGGAGCCUUUCUCUCCCUGCCUGGCAGCAGACCAGGCAGAGCCCAGCCUUGCAGGACACUGCUUCAGUGAACAGCUGCGUUGGUGAAAGAGCUCCUUUUACAGGUAAUAAUUUCCAGACCAACCAAGUCUGCUGAAUGAAGGGAUGAAUUGACGUAGUGAGGAAGUGCCUGUGCUGCUGUAGCGCUUUGCAGAGGGGAGGAGAGGGCUCCAGCCUGUCCUGCCCUUCCCUUCCAGCUGCCUUUUACUAGUUCUCAUCAAGGACCAAUU